UUUACUGCACCUAUAGUAGCUUCAUUCUCAUCUAAAGAACCCAACCCAAUCACACAAGAUCUUUUGAAGCCUAACAUCACUGCACCAGGUGUAGAUAUUCUAGCAGCUUGGUCAAAUGCUGCACCAGUGAGCAUGGAUCUUUUGGACAAAAGAGUAGUGGAUUUUAACAUAAUAUCUGGAAUAGCCAUGACAUGCCAUCAUGCCACAGGAGCAGCUGCCUAUGUUAUGUCAUUUCAUCCUGACAAGUCUCCUGUUGCCAUCAAAUCCGCUCUCAUGACCACAGAUGCAUAUCCAUUGGAUGCAACAUUAGAUGGCAAUGAAGCUGCAGAAUUAGGAUAUGGUGCAGGGGAGAUUAAUCCUUUCAAGGCCAUCAAUCUGGGGCUUGUGUAUGACACCAACGUAGAUUCUUAUAUCAAUAUGCUAUGUAGCCAAGGAUACAAUGAAACAUUUUUACGUUUACUGACAGGAGAAUUUAUCGUGUGUUCUUCAAAUUUAUCUAACAACGGAGUAUGGGAGCUUAACUAUCCUUCUAUAAUGGUUAUUGGCAAAGUAAGUGAGCCCUUUUUGGCUCCAUUUCCAAGAACAGUUACAAAUGUAGGACCUGCAAAAUCUACCUAG